GAAUGCCACUUCACAAAUCCAGCGCUAGCGCUUUCUUCCCUGUGUAACAUCUAGCGUAGAUACCAAGCGAGCUUAGACAGCUGAAAAACCUCAGAUUUUACAGAGACCAACAAUAACUCAAUAAUGGCAGAACCAAAAACCAAAUACGAUCGCCAACUCAGGAUAUGGGGAGAGCAAGGACAAGCAGCCCUAGAGAAAGCCAGUAUAUGCUUGCUUAAUUGUGGUCCUACGGGUUCUGAGACAUUAAAAAAUCUUGUUCUUGGUGGGGUUGGAUCGAUCACAGUGAUUGAUGGAUCUAAAGUUGAAGUCAGUGAUCUUGGAAAUAAUUUCAUGGUGGAUGAAUCAAGUGUGGGGCAAUCAAAAGCAAAGUGUGUGUGUGCAUUUCUUCAAGAGCUAAAUGAUGCUGUUAAAGCCAAGUUUAUAGAAGAGCACCCUGAGGCAUUAAUCGAGACAAAUCCGUCCUUUUUUUCUCAGUUUACAUUAGUAGUAGCGACUCAGCUGGUGGAAGAUUCAAUGGUUAAGCUUGAUAAAAUUUGUAGGGAGGCCAAUGUGAAGUUGAUUUUUGCACGCUCCUAUGGCCUUACUGGGUUUGUUAGAGUCAGUGUAAAGGAACAUACAGUGAUCGAGUCAAAGCCUGAUCAUUUUUUGGAUGAUCUUCGGUUGAAUAACCCAUGGCCUGAGCUCAAAAGUUUUGCAGAAACAAUUGACUUAAAUGUGGCAGAUCCUGUUGCACAUAAGCACACUCCAUAUGUAAUUAUCCUUGUCAAGAUGGCUGAGGAGUGGGCCAAAACUCAUGGUGGUAGCCUUCCAUCAACUAGGGAUGAGAAAAAACAGUUCAAGGAGCUUCUCAAAGCUGGGAUGGUUGCAACGGAUGAAGAAAACUAUAAAGAAGCCAUAGAGGCCUCCUUUAAAGUAUUUGCUCCUCGAGGAAUUAGUCUGGAUCUGCAGCAGAUAAUUAGUGAUAGCUGUACUGAAGUUGAUUCUAAUUCUUCACAAUUUUGGGUGAUGCUAGCUGCUUUAAAGGAGUUUAUUGUUAACGAAGGUGGUGGGGAGGCACCGCUUGAGGGUUCAAUUCCAGAUAUGACAUCUUCAACUGAGCUCUAUGUAAAUUUGCAGAAGAUCUACCAAGCAAAAGCUGAGGCUGAUUAUCUUGUUAUAGAGCAAAGGGUGAAGAAUAUACUGAAGAAAAUUGGUAGAGAUCCUGAUGGCAUCUCAAAGACAAUGAUAAAAAGCUUCUGCAAAAAUGCUAGAAAACUAAAGGUUUGCAGGUAUCGCCUUCUUGAGGAUGAGUUCAGCAAUCCUUCCCUUCCGCAGUUGCAGAAGUAUUUAACUGAUGAGGAUUACAGUGUGGCCAUGGGCUUUUAUAUUUUGCUGCGAGCUGUUGACCGUUUUACUGCUAAUUAUAACAGUUUUCCAGGGCAAUUUGAUGGUGAAAUGGAUGAGGAUAUAUCUCGACUAAAAACUACAGCUGUUGGUCUCCUGAGUGACUUGGGUUGCAACGGAUCACCCUUGACAGAGGACCUUAUAAAUGAAAUGUGCCGGUUUGGUGCUUCAGAGCUCCAUGCAGUAGCAGCCUUCAUAGGGGGAGUUGCAUCACAAGAAGUGAUCAAGCUAAUAACAAGACAAUUUGUUCCUAUUUCUGGGACUUUCAUAUUCAAUGGCAUUGAUCACAAGUCUCAAUUGUUGGCACUUUAGAAUGCUUCGGAAAUCCUCUCUUCAAGUGAUGGAAUGGUUGACCUUUUUGCUGGUGCGGCUUCAUUACAUCGUAUAGAGGAGGCAUUCUUUGCAUCAUUGCGAGGCGCACAGUAUUUAGGCAGGGUUCUUUGAUAUGAACGUUUUUGUAAUCUAGUCAUUGAUGUGAAACUUAAAAAAAAAAAAGAGAGAGAAGGUAAUAUCUGAAAGACUUGCUUUCUCUUUUCAGCGAAAAGGAUAUGCUAGUCGUCAUAUUCCUGCUGCGUUUUCAUUUGGUAUCGUAGAAUUUAUUCACAUUGAACCACCUUAGUAAAGAGAGUAAUGAUUUUAACUA